AUGGCGCCGCCGCCGCUUCGGUAUCGUCGCGCCACGCGGGCAUGUGCGCUUGUGGCUGCUGUAGCACUGGUGUUGGUGCUACCGUUCGGCAGGGCGCGCGCCGUGGGGACGAGAUCGCUGUCAAGGUACACGGAAGCGCAGCAACUCAAUACGCGCAAGUUUCUGGAUGGGUUUGUGCAGUCGAUGCCACAUCUUCGAAACUUCUGGACCGGCGACGACUUCUGCGCCUGGAAAGGAGUGACGUGUCUCCACGACGAGGUGUCCAUCAGUGCCACCAACUGGGUCCAGUCGGCUGUCUCCUCCGGCCGUCUGCCGGAGGUGUCGAGCGCCGACGUUGACGUGUCGCAGGUGCUUGUCACCUCCAUCUGUCUGCGCGCAAACGGGAUGAACUUGUCGGGGACGCUGCCGGCCAGCUGGGGCUUGCUGCGAAAUCUACGCCAGGUGCGAUUGGAGAGCAACAGCCUCACAGGCAGCCUCCCGCCUGAGUGGAGCAGCCUGGACAGAUUAGUGGUCCUUUACCUAAGCAACAACAAUCUCGCCGGCACCCUCCCGGCGUCGUGGGGGGAGAGCAUGAAGAGCCUCGUCAUCUUGAGCCUCGAUCGCAACGCGCUGGUCGGCACGCUGCCGCCGGAGUGGGGGCGCAUGAGGUCGAUGCAGGCCUUGGUCUUGGAAAGAAACCGGCUUAGUGGCACACUGCCUGCGGAGUGGCGAUUUAUGCGAGCUGCCUCGACGCUGAUGAUAGGCAGGAACGACCUCAGCGGCACUCUCCCACGCGAAUGGGUGGGGAUGUCAACGAUGGAGUGGAUGGACCUGCACUCGAACCGCCUCACCGGCUCGUUGCCUGCGGAAUGGGCGCGCCUGGAAUUCCUGGAGGAACUGCGUAUACAGGACAACGUACUCGUCGGCACCCUGCCUGCGGAGUGGAGUGCCAUGAAGUCCAUGCAGGUGCUGGAUAUCUCCAAGAACACACUGAGCGGUACUCUACCGGUGUUGUGGAGCUCGAUGCACUCUCUCGACACGCUGAGCAUCCGCGGCAACCAGCUAAGUGGCUCUGUUCCCAUUAAAUGGAGAACACUGCCGAGCAUUAUGUAUCUCCACCUGGAGGACAACGCUCUCUGCGGCUGCCUUCCGCUCAACUGGACAAGCCGCAAUGUAGCCGUCACAGUGGACGACGCGGUCAUGAAUGUCAAGUGUGCCAUAGAGAACGCGUGUAACGGCGUAAGCCGUGACCCUAUCAGCGGCACGAUCUCCAGCAGUUACAGUUCUUCGGCGGGCCCAAACGACGUCAUCGAGGCUAGCGAUGUUGCCUUCAGCUCGUGCGUUGCGUCGGCGUCCUCCGCCUCAAAUGACUCCUCAGGCUACAAUGCCGGUGGCACCUCUUCUUGA